GAAGAUACAAAGAAAUAGUCGUUGGCUGCAAGAAGUGCUAAGGGAGGCGAAUCAGUCACGAAAAAAAGUGAAUGAAAACAAACAACAGACUGAAUUAAGAACAGUUACGUCACGAGGAAGAUGAGAGGGGGAGGAAGCUAGCAGGAGGAGAAGGUGGCAGAGGAGGAGGAGAAGGUGGCAGAGAAGGAGGAGGAAGAGGAGGAGGAGGAGGAGGUGAGUUGCUGGGAGGCCCUUCGAUAGAGUCCUCGCUGCAAGAUCAACAACGCCGUGUCUCUAGUCAAGUAGGAGUUUUCCUCACCUUCCUCCCGCCUUCCCUCUCACUCCCGCUCCUCCCGCGCCACAUCUGGUUGCCGGGAGGAGGCGGGGGAAGGGACAGGCCGCUAAGGUCCUCAGUGCUCUUGUUAGCAGCGACACCCUCGAUUUAUGAGUAUGGCGGUGAAAAUAGAGACCAAUUAUGGCCAUUAUGAAGGUGACAGUGGUGUGUGCGUAGCUCAGCCGCCAUCAUCUGCCCCACUGUAAUCUCGAGGCGGCCACCGGGAAACACUAUCUGGCGGUGGGCGGGGCCUGGCAGGUCGCCGCCCCUGGUUGGUCGACCCUCCGCCCCGGACCCGCCCAUUAUCAAAGGUCGAUUAACGAUUGGCGGGUGUCACGUGGUGGGUGCCUGGAGGCGGGGCUGCGCUGCGCAGUGACGUCAUCAGUGAUUGGUGGGUGGGCCGGGUAAUUUGUAGUGUGAUCGCCGGCGUUGAGGAUGUGUUAGUGGCGGUGAUAACAACUCCCCGGGGACGAUGGCGCCGCGUGCUGCCCUCCGCUAGUGGCACCGCUGGCCCUCACUCACGCCGCCACCAUCAUGUAUUCCGCCCGCAGGUGCUACUAAUUGCCAGGUGCGACUCGGCUCCGACACACCUGGGAAGUGUGCGUUCCCACUGGACGAGCGGCGUGUGCCGACGGCGGCAGGUCCCCAGCAGGUGGCGGCGGCCCAUGGCUGCUGCUCGGCCCCGGGGCUGAGCUGCGCCCGGCGGCGGCCUCUAGCGGCACCUAACGAGACGGUAAUUACCGCAGUGAGUGUAAUUAGCGGGCGAACCGCAACGGCCCCAUGUGUGAGCCGAUGGCGAGCAUGGAGCCCUCGCAGCCCGACGACGACGAGAUCUCCGUCGGGAGUAACUCUCCGAUGGUGACGCCGCGCCGCGACACCGACGACUCCUUGAUCGACGUGGACGACAGCGGCGACGGUGGCGCGGGGGACAAAGGGGCGGCGGGGCCCAAGGUGGAGCCGCCGGAUCCCGCGAUGAGCCCCGGACCUCCCCGCACGCCGCCCGCCGCCCACCAGGCCAACAACGCCCCGCUGCACCGUGCCCUUAAAUUCUCCAUCGACAACAUCCUCAAGCCGGACUUCGGGCGGCGGCUGGGCGACAACGUGGAGAGCAGCGAGCAGCCGGUGGACUUGUCGCGUGUCACUGCCAGGGACCCCAAGGACCCGGCCGGCAGGAACCAGGGGGGUGCCGCGCCCAACCCCGGCGGCAUGAUGGUGAAGGAGCGGGAAAGUAGCGUCGGCGGCUCCCUCUGGCCCGCCUGGGUCUACUGCACCCGCUACUCCGACAGACCGUCAGCAGGCCCCAGGACGCGGAGGAUCAAGAAGCGGGACAAGAAGGACGAGAAGCGGCCCCGGACAGCCUUCACCUCGGAGCAGUUGGCGAGACUCAAGAAGGAGUUCCAGGAAAACAGCUGUGUGUCAACAUUAGGUCAAGAAGCCACAAGCAACAACAGGUACCUGACGGAGAAGAGGCGGCAGGACCUCGCGCGGGAGCUGGGCCUCAACGAGUCACAGAUCAAGAUUUGGUUCCAAAACAAAAGGGCCAAGAUAAAAAAGGCCAAGGGCCAGACAAACCCACUGGCGCUACAGCUGAUGGCUCAGGGGCUCUACAACCACUCCACCAUCCCAAUACGAGAGGAGGACGAGGAGAAGCUGCUGCCACCCGCAUGACCUUCCCCUAGUGACCCUGCGGCAGCCGCCCUCACCCUCCUACCAGCGCCUCCAGGCCCUCGUCACACCCUCUUCUACGGCGCCCUGGCUUCCUCCUCUACAGCGACUGCUACCACCGUUCCUGCUACUACUCCCGUUCCUCCUGUCGCUGCUACUACUACUGGUACUGGCCUUUCUGCCUCAACCGCCGCUGAUCCGACGCUGUUGUUACCUUCAUAAAGAGUUCCAGACUAAGACCUACAGAUAUUUUUGCUCCAAACAUUUACACUGUCCAACCAAACAACAGUACCACGCAAACACCACUACAGACACUACUGAUAUUACCAUGAAUACCAACAUAAGCACCAAGGAGACCAACAAUUCCACUACCAACACAAACACCAUACCAGUGUCACCAUAGCCACCAACGCAAAAGAGCAACACUACUAACACCGAGCCACAUUGUAAACACCAAUCCAACACUAAGGGGCAGUUUUACAGUCCAAUACAGCAAGUUUGUAAGCUCCCCAACCAAGCACAAAAUACGACGAAAAUUCCUUGUAGCUCGUGUUUGGCGUUGAUAUAAAAAGGUGGAGGGAAUUUUAGGACUCUACGAAGGAAAUCUCUUUAUUAGUAUCUAGUAAUGAGGGGAAACAGCGGAUCAUUGUGGUGGAUAUGGUUUGGUUUGGGAACUUACAAUGACUCUGUUGGACUGUCGAACUGGCCCUAACACUGCAACGCCCGCGGCCAUACAGCAUCCCAGCGGUAAAGCCAACACCGAAGCUGCAUUCACUCUCUCCUCUCACCACCUCCUCCUCGCCACCAUCACCACACUUGCCUCACCACCUUCCUCUCCUCGCACACCUGCAGUCACCUGUCACCACACGUGUCACUUUCGCCGAGACAUUAUUCUGGUGCCCGAUUCGUGUCAUUUACAUUUUAACACGUAAAUAAAAUGUAAAGAAUAUAUUGCACAGAAAAAAAGCAAGUGAAUAAGGAAAAAAAAGUAGACAGUUGCCUUUUUUCAUACACUGAUCUGUUCGAGUAAUCAAAACAUUCUACUUUAGUAUUUCGUAGCAUUUAAACUUGUCAUACAUUCUACACAGACAUGAAUGGCCUAGAAAAAAUACAGAUCUGAUAACAAACAUUAAACUAAUUUUAACGUGAGAGAAAAAAAAAGUAGUAAUACAUUCCAAACAAACAAGAACAACUUAAAAUAACAGAUUCCUAACGAUUAUCAAAACACUACGCAUCAUUAAACUCCAAAACUCAUUCAGUCAUGUCUGUGUAAGCAAGUCAAGUGUGUGAGCCAACAAACACACAGAGGGGGACGAGCACCCAGCCCCAGCCCAAGCCCAGGCGUGCACAACAUUAGGCCAAUUUCUGUAAUCUCAAACACUUCCUCGCGUCACGGGCAGGCGAACACGCACCCUUUGCCUCCACUUGAACACGUCAGGAGCGAAGCGACUCAUCCACGGCCCAACAAAGGGUAAUAGUGAGCCGGGGUGCGCGGGCGACCACCAGAAACAACGGGACUCUUGUGAUGGCCAAAACAAACAUACAUGACAGACAAACAGACGAGCAGACAGGCCCACCCUUGUUAUCAGUGAUGGAAGAGCGAGUGUAAGAAGAGGAGGUGGAAGAGGAGGAGGAGGAGGAGGUAAUGGUGUGCAGAGGAGGUGGUGGUGGUGGUGGUGAUGGUGCAGAGGAGGAGGAGGAGGAGGAAGAGGAAAAGAAUGGAAGGAUGCAGUCAUUAGAAGGAUACAAGGCGCUUCUUUUUUUAUUUUGAAGCCUCAUAACACACUCACCGACAUCCUGAAUCACACACACACACACACACACACACACACACACACACACACACACACACACACACACACACACACACACCUCAAAGCAGCAAGUGGACGAAAUAUGUGAUCGGUAAGUGUCAAAUAUUAGGAAGAACCGGUGACGUGAGGGCACUGGAGAACCCGGAAGGAACCCAACCCAACCCAGUGAAGGGGGCGGAACAGUGCUUCGUCUCUCCCCGUAAAUAAGAGUCUUCACAUGAACCUCUUUCCUUUCCAUUACAUCUUACGAAUAACGAAAAAAAGUACCGUUAAGGGAUGUUUAUAGUGUAGUGUAAUAACUGUUUUCCUGAAGCCAAGAGGACUUCCACGGUGCGCAGUGAGGAGACGGUGAAAAGGAAACAGUAAGAGAGAGAGAGAUAAAGAGGAUAAUGAAGAUGUUAAGGAAAUACUGAGUGUGGAAGUUUUAAGAUACAAGUUAAUGACCUCUUAUCGUCUCUCUCAAGACUCGUAGCCGUUAAAAAAAAAAAACAUUGAAGAGCAACGUUCCUGCUACUGUGUUUUUCUUCACUGAGACGUCGCUGUCUUUCUCCUCCUAACGAUGCGACGUUUUGCGUUACUGACCUCCAGACCGAAGCGACUCAAUACGUUUUUCCUACGCAGCAAAACGUUCAUUGUGUAACGGCUGAACGUUCUUUUAUAUAACGUAAGCAAGAAAAUAAAGAGAGAGAAGAAAGAAGAAAAAAACUAAAUGUAUAUCACAAGUGUUUGCAGCCAUGACUCGGAAGACGAUUUUUUUUUUUUUUUACUUCCUCCAUCUCUUUAACAAAAUAAUAAUAAUGAAUAAAAAAAUAACUUCGUGUGACAAUGUUCCGGGAGGAGGAGAAGGCGGAGGCGUGUGUACAGUGUCAGGUUAUUUAGACUAAUUUAUGGUGUAUUUAUGUCUGAGGAUUAUCCCUCAUACCCCCUCCCCCCAUCCUCUCUUCCCCUCCCCUUCCGCAUCCCCACAAUGGGCCCUCCACCAUCCCCUCCCUUCCAACCCCUUCCCUUCCUGAAACUGAAACGGGUUCCCUCUGAUUACAUACUUUCAAGCCUCCCAACAAGCCUCAAUUCCACCUCACCACAAAUCUAACCUCCCCAAAAAAUCCUCGCAGCUCCCCGUUAGACUCCCCUCAGCUCCCACACCUAACCCCCCCCCUCCCCCAAAGUCUCCCCAUUUAAAAAAAAAAAAACGGGAACAAUCACUGACCCCCCUUUUCUCCCCUCCCCUCCCUGCAGGUGCCCCUCCCCUCACACAGUUUCCCCUCCCUCAUCACCCCUUCCAUAAGUCACCCCUACCACAAAAACGGGUCCCAUAUUCCCCUACAAGAUCCCUUUCUCCCCAAAAAACACGUUUCCUAAUUUCCCCCCCCUCCUCAUUCCUCUCCUUCCCCCCUCCUCUUAUCCUUCCUUUCCCCUCUCCUCUCCCCCCUCCUUAUAUCUCAGGUGUCCCCCCCCCCAUCAUUAACAUCUUCACCCCCCCCUCCUCGCCCCGCCACCCCCACCGGCCCACCAAACUAAAACACUGUAAAU